UUCCUUUCAGGAAGUAUGGACGGCUCUGAUGUUGACGGGAUUUCUACGAUCAUGCCUCAGAGUAGAUAAUCUUUAGGAGUUGCUGAUUCUCCCUGGUAAAGCCCUCACUUCAGACUACCGCCUGCUUCAGCGAAGAAUGUCGGACCCUUUUUGGUACACUUUUCCCUCUCCCCUGGAAGGUUAUCAGGGUCUCCCGCCACUCCCGGAGGAGUUAAAUGAGGAUGGCAAGUCCUUCAAGAACCCUCAGACGGGCUCGCUGAGCGAAAGCUACCAGAAAUUCACCUCCGGUAUCAGUAAUGACCGGCGAGGUGGUUUUGAUGUCCACAUCUACUACCACCUCAACAGCGAUGAACAGAAGGAGUACGCCCGCGCGCUUUGGGAGAGGAUUCGAAGGGAAUUCCCGGAGUUGAGGAUCUAUCGAUUCUGGGAUCGUCCGGUUGGACCACAUACAAUGGCCAUGUUCGAAGUCAACAUCUUCACACCAGCGCAAUUUGGAGCCUUCAUUCCAUGGCUGAUCAUCAAUCGAGGGCCGCUGUCUGCUCUUGUCCAUCCCAAUCAUGACGAUGGCGAUGCAUUGAGGGAUCAUAGUCAAAGAGCGACGUGGCUGGGAGAGCGCGUGCCGCUUGAUUUGGGCAUGUUGAAGAAGUUCGUGGACAAAAGGACAAGUGAGCGAGUAAAUGGGAAGACAGGGUAGAAGCUGCGUGUGAGUGUGAGUGCAGGAGAAUUGUGUGGAUGGUGUAUUUUAGAUACCAGACGCUUACCUUCUUCCUCUUCUUCUGGCAUGCGCUUGUCUUAGCUGGAGAGCACUCUAUGUUCACCGGCGUUCAAUUUACC